GUAAGCACCAGACACAGGCUGUGGUUUCGAGUGGAAAAUGUCACUGGGCACUUUAAAAAAGAGAGAGGGCCACGAAUAAGGAGACAGAGGGAUGAGUGACAGAAAGGGAGGGAGGGAGAUUGCAUAAGAGAGCGAGAUAGAGAUGUGCGAGUAGAGAGCAAGAGGGACAGAAAGAGACAGAAGAGAGAGGAAAUCUUCUGAACUCGUCAGUCCAGUAAAAGGAAACGACAAUGUGUUUUCUCUCUGGGACCCCCUGCUACCCUUAACAACCAAGACUCAUGAGUCGUAUUGUGGUCAUAGCAAUGAAGAUCCUGUCGUCCUUACAUGUCCUGGUGCUUCUGUUUUCAGUAGAUUCAAUGCACCUUCACAAAGGCUCGCAAGGACUCUCCUGCUUGAAUGACUAUGUCAACAAUGUGAGCUGCACGUGGAACGGCUCGGUGUCUCCUGGUGUGGACUGUUGGAUCUCUGGUGUGUUGAAAGUUAGGGAUCGGGAUAGAAGACAAUGCAACAUGAUUCAAACCUGCAAGCUGAAACAACACAGAAACUCUCCUCCAGGCUGCAGUUUUGUCUUUAAAGGCAAAAUAUUCAACACAUAUAAUCCCAUGCCCUACAUCAGUAUGGAGUGCAAUGGUACGCUGGUGGAGAACCUCACAGACUAUAACCCACGGGAUCACAUCAAAAUGCAUCCUCCAGGUGUUCCCAAAGUCAAUCUCACUGUCAAUGAGACUUGGAUAUCAUGGAGUGCAGGCAGUCCUGUAUCCUACUACAUCACAGCCUACGACUUCGAAGUUCAGACCACGCAGAAAAACCAGACAUGGAAGGAUGCCCUAACUUGGACCACACAAGAUCUUAAGCUAAAAAAGCCUUCUUGGCAACUAAAGGGGCACUGCCAGGUCAGGGUGAGAGUGCGCCCCACUGGCAAGCAAACCAGCAGCCACUGGAGCAACUGGAGUCCAGCAACAUCCUGGGUAGGAGCAACAGACAUGGUGGGAACAUUACAGGAUCAAGAUUGGUUUCUGGAUCAGACAUCCCUGAUAAGGUGGGGAGUGAUUUUCAUCUCAGGUCUCAUCCUGGUUGUAAUGCUGGUCCUUUACAAGAGCUGCAUGAACAGAAGGUUCCACAGAGGGAAACCAGUACCAAACCCUUCAACAUACUUCCAUACGCUCCACUCUGUCCACGGAGGAAAUCUAAAGAAAUGGCUGAAUCCUCUGUCAGCUCCUGAAUCAUUCUUCAGAGUCCAGCAAUGCGACCAAAUCUCUCCCGUUGAGUUGUGUGAAAGUUCUGACGUAGUCAUGUCCAGCGCCGCCUUCACCAGCGCCGUGCGUCACUUCAAGAGCUACCCCUCGGCGGGCUCAGACACCAGCGGGGUCGUUGACAAUUCCUCCUCGUCCUCUUCAUCCUGCUUCUCUAACAUGGGCUACUUCAUGUCCAGCUCCUCCAGCAGCUCAGCUCGAACCGACCCCAAUCCUGCCUACUUCACCUAUCAGGACGAUUUCCACAAUCUGCAUAACAGCCGCAACCUUCACCUCUCCCUCUGCCCCAUGUUAACCUCCUCUGCAACCUAUGAGAGCUUGAAGAGGGAGCCGCAGAGCCCCGACUCUGGCUUUGGCAUCGGAAAGGAAGAUGAAGACGAUAGUGAAGACAAAAGCGCCGUGGAUGUUGAAGGGGAAGAGGUUUCAAACGAAAGCUCUCCUCUUUUCAUCCUCCCUCUCCAUCUUCCUUCCCGGAUGCCCCCACCCUCCUCUCCUUCGCCCCCUCCUUACACCCCCAGUCUAACUCAGGUAUCCUCUGACAGCCAGCCAGUAGAUGCAUCUGUGGCAGCUGCUGGUGAGAGCUAUGCGGCCUGGCCUUUGGCCGGUGCCAUGUGCAGGUCCUCCUCCAUGCCUGUGGAGCCCGGUAAAACAGGGUAUCUGACCCUGAAAGAGCUACAGACGACAUUCAGUAAUAAAUCCAUCUGAAAACUUGUAAUGUAUCUGGAAUACAUUCAUCAUUUUAAAUCCAAUGUGUUUACAUCAUAAGCAACCUUACUGAUUGUUUAUGUCAAUGAGAUCGUGGAUGCGAGCAUCUCCAACAGAAUAUAUUGAGUUCUUGUUCAGUUCUGAUUAAGAAAAACAAGUGCUUUUUUUUUACAGAUUCCAGGAUUUUUAUGCUUUAAACCUGUAUUAACUCCUUUUUGGUCACUUGGGGGAAGAGUAACAAGCUGAACACACGCGUAACAUAAUAUCAGCCUAUUACGUUUUUAUGGUGAAUGUGUUAACCAACAGUUGCCCGUUUACACAUUCAACAGACACUGAGCUAUUUCUGGCCACUUGAUGUAUGUAAGUCCAACAUUCAUAGUCUCCCAAGGGAAAUAUCUGUCUCUUUAGCUGCUGCUCCUCUGGGUUGACCAGCUAAUCGCUAACUUUGUCAGCUGAUUGGCGCUGGACAGCUCCUGUGCAGUGGGUUUAAUGUGAAGUGUAAAGUGUUGCAGAGUCGGGUGAUCAUUCUGAGUUACUACGUCUAAACUGGCGACAGGUAGUCAUUUGAUCAAUUGUACAUAUACAUCAUUAUUAUCAGUUUAUGUAGCAAGAAUUUGUCCUCAUGAGAGUUUCAAAAAUGCUGUUUAUACAUUUAUAGGGUCAUUAUGUAGCUGAUUCACACUGUAUAUAGAAUAGUGUACCCCAUUACUGACUCUGUGUGACUCCUAACAAGUACUUUAAACAAUCUAUUUUUUUUUCAUUGCGCUUUAUUUGCGUUAAUGUUGAAGUACAUAUAGAAAAACAUUGCAAAGCAAAGCAUGAAAGUAGACAUUACUUUAAACUAAAUGCUACUGUCAUAUAUCAAUGGCACUGUCUUUAAAAAGAACAGGAGUUUGCUUUUUACUACUUUAACCUAAAUCUUAAGACAUAUGUUGUGAGAGCUCUUUUGAACUACUAUUAUCAUUAUAUACUAUCAAGGAAAAUUUUGCUAAAUACAAAUUCUGCAUUCCUGUAGGCAGAUCUGUGAUUUUGAAAGCACUGAAACAUGAUUUAAAUGUGCUCUGAUUAUGUAAUUAGUAAUAAAUUCAGAGCAUGUGAGUGGGGCUCACAUGUCGAAUCAUGAGAGGACAGUGUAGUGAAUAAUGUCUGUUAUCGCUCACACAAUCUAAGAUGAAGUUUAAGGGUAUGAAACUAACCAACCCUGCAGCAACAUUCAAGCAUUAAAGCAUCGCUGACUUUAGUCUUUACUGAUACUGUCACAAGUAAGGCAGCUGGUUUGCCGCUGAUGUUUUUGUUAGUCAAUCUCAUUUGUUUGUACAUCUUAUGAACGAUUUCAUGCUAUUAAAGAGAGCAACACCUCCUUUAGUUAUCAGUAAUGAUUAUAUCAGAAACAGAUCAUCCAACCUACAAUUUAACUGCACCUGGUAAAGUUUACUUUCAUCCAGAAAGAAUUGUGUCUUCAUACCAUAACUGAUUUAAUGUAAUAUUUAUCAGAUUGCUAUUUCUAGAUUUAUGUAAACCUUUGAGGUCGCUGAUACGUUGCUGCUCUUGUCUCUACAUAUGCAGUAUAUUUCCGUUGCACUCAGUGACAUCUGUGCAGAGACCAAACAAAAUAAAACCUCUGAUAGAAAUGGGUCA